CCCGCGUUUGUGCCACCGCAUUUGAUAGCGUGACUGCCUUGUAGUCCAGAUGGUCUGAUAUUAUGGCCCAACUCACCACACCCACUUUCUCGUCUUUGUCUGUUCCCCCCAUUCCUUUCCAUUAUUGUGUGAUCAGACAAUCUCGAUCUGAUAGCCCACCGAGACCGACCUUCUCUCCAACUAUCUUGGCAUACUUGUUGGCCCUCAGUGUACCUCAGACACUUCGGCUUUGAAGCAAAGAGUCGCAAAGAUGGUCGCUCUCUUCUCGAUACCCAUCUUCCUCGUCACUUUCCGGGAGGCCCUCGAGACAGCCAUCAUCGUCUCGAUUCUCCUGGCCUUCAUCAAGAAAACCCUCUACCGAUCCCAUCGCGCAAUCUACAGGCAGCUCGUCCGUCAAGUCUGGCUCGGCACCUCGGCCGGCCUGGUUAUCACUCUCAUCAUCUCUGGCGCCCUCAUCGGAGUGUUUUACUCCCUCGGUGUCGACCAAUGGGGUGCCCGCGAGCUUACUUAUGAAGGCGCCUUCUCUCUCAUCGCCUCUCUCAUCAUCACUGCCGUCGGUUUCGCCUUAUUGAGAAUCGGCAAGAUGCAAGACAAGUGGAAAGCCAAGAUCGAGCAGUCGCUAGGCGAGCAGGCAAGGCAAAGACGAACUAAGAGAGGCACUGUCAUGAUGUGGUUGGAAAAGUAUAGCAUGUUCAUGCUGCCCUUUGUUACCGUGCUCAGGGAGGGGAUUGAGGCGGUGGUUUUCAUUGCGGGAGUUAGCUUCUCUGCACCUGUUACGUCGGUGCCGAUUGCUGUGAUUAUUGGACUGAUGGUUGGUGCAGGAGUUGGCUUGGCCAUGUACAAGGGUGGUUCACAUACCAAAAUGAAGCUGUUCCUCGUCAUCUCGACUUGUUUUCUCUACCUGGUCGCAGCCGGUCUCUUCUCAAGGGCUGUCUGGGCCUUUGAACAACAAAUUUGGCAAGACAUGGUGGGCGGUGGUGAUAUUGCCGAGCUAGGCUCAGGUCCGGGAACUUAUGAUAUUGACAAGUCCGUUUGGCACGUCGAUUGUUGCAGCCCCUUUGUGAACGGCGGAUCAGGUUGGGGAUUCCUCAACGCUGUUCUAGGCUGGAAUAACUCGGCGACGUACGGCUCGGUCAUAUCAUACAAUGUCUACUGGAUUGUAGUCAUUACCAUCUUCAUGAUCCUGAGGUACAAGGAGGUAAAGGGACACUGGCCUUUCUCCAAGAAGCCAACACCGACAGAGGAACACAUUGGACACAGGGAGGAGAGCAUCAAGACAGCCAUUAGGCCUGGCAGUGACAUCCUCUGCGUUGAGGGAAAUGCGGCUCCGUAUGUGAAGAUUGAAGACAAUAUUUCAAGGAUGGUUUGAACCUUUGCUGGAGAUUUCUGAAGGCUUUGAUGGUUGUCUGGGCCUCACUGAGAGAGUUGAUGGAGGUUAGGGUAAUGGCCGACAUUUGUAUCAUAGGUACUGCCGCUGUAUGGUAGUUUAGUCAAUUUGAAACAUACAAAUGGAUGAUAUCAAUAAGGCG